AUGUCACGUCUUAUCCGCAUUUGUGUUCUUUUCUCGUUACCUGUACACCUACCUUUAUUUUCAUUUUAUCGCAUCUUUUCCCCCUUCUCUUUUUUUGGAGAAGUAGCUUAUAGCGGGGAGGUCUCUUUUCCUUCCUUAUUCGAUUACACUUCUUCCAUUCUCCCGAUGCUUCGGUUUCUCCACCGCCCGCUAACAGCACUGGGAACCCAAAACAAGUCGUAUCGCCGAUUUGUCUCACAACGCCAUGGAAAGGGCCGGCUGUUGGAAAAGGAAGUGGAGGAGACGAGACAAGCACCGGACUCUGUCACUUCCGCUGACCUUCUAAGGGAGGUGAAAAGGACGCGGGAUGAGGUGCAGCUUUUGGCGACAUCUGCGGAGGGACUGGCAGCCACGCGUGAUGGCGGUGGCCGCGAGAGCGACUGGGCUGAACCUUCUUUGAAGGAUCUCGACAGAUCCAUACCGCAGGUCGACUGCUCCUUCAUUGCCGAGCUUGUUCGCUCCCGCAACCGACAGUUGAAGGAUUUCUUACAGAGGAAAGCGAAAUUGGAAGAAAAGGUGGCGUUGUUGACGAGGCGGCAGGCUGGUUCCGUCAAGGAGUCUGUGGGGUACCCCGUCCUAAGCGCAUUUCGUGCAAGAAUGAGUGACGCCAACGCGACGGCGAGCUCUACUGAAGGCGACACGGCUGUUGCCGUCGCCCCAGAAGUGCUUGCGGAACUGACGGACGAGGAGCGUGAUUUGCUGUUGUGCUCGCGUCCGGACUAUGGCGAUGACUUUGUACUUCUCGACUGCCGCACUGUUAACGAGGUGACAUCAUGGGGAAUUAUUGAGGGCGCGAAGGUGCUUCCUGCGCAUGAGAUGUUUGAGGCGUUUCACCUCACACCAGAAGAGUUUGAAGUGGAGUUUGGAUUUACCAAGCCGCGACCAGAACAGAAGAUUAUAUGCUAUUGCCAGUAUGGGCCGCGGUCCCUGAUGGCAGCACAGGUCCUCAGUUGGAUGGGGUACACGAAGGUUCUUCACUUUCGUGACGGCUACUACGAGUGGGGGAAGCAAUACAACUUGUUGCUUCGCCGUUGGAUGCUACACGACAAGGAAUCUGGUAACGAGGUGAGGCGUCAAGUAGCGUUUCAAGCGGGCCUUGAACUGCAGCGAGAGAUCGCUCCGGAGUUCAACGAACUUCCCAUGCAGGAGGCGGCUCGGUACAAGAUUGACACGACCCGCAGUCGGGGUACAAUACUUGUUGGUGAGGGAUUGCGGGACGAGGCGUACAACCAAGUAAAGGCGCUGGUGGAUGGAAUGGAGCCGCCGCUACUGCCAGGAGUUCUGGACGCUGAGGAUCAAGUGACCAACUCAGGCGGCACCGUGGGCAGAUGCGAGCAUGAUCUCCAGCGGUUCCUUCAUGAGGCAACCGGAAUGGACGCCCACGAAGACGGCGCACAACCAUUAAGUCUGGCCGAAGCACAGGAGAAGGCCAUGCACUCCUUCGCGCAGCGGGACGACAACAAUCGUUCACGUUAG